ACCCCAUGUGAUCCUGCACUUUACAUACAGGAACUGAUCCGCCGCUGAGAAGUAGGAAGUUAUUUCUCCUUUGCUGUUUUUGUUGUGUUGACGCAGCAAAGAAGAAAAUAAAGCACUUUCAAUGCGGCUUUUAAAGGGAGACUUAACACAGCAGACAUUUUAUAAAUGCAAUCUGGAUACCAGCUGGAAUUAGAAGCAGCAGCCAAGUUGUGAAGUAAAAGCUCAUGGCGCCGCCGGGGCACAGCAGCAGGAUUGGAUUGGAUCCUGAGAAAACAAAAACAAUGGAGAAUGUGAAAAACCUCAAGGAGGUUUCUCAGUACGGCAGUAUUAAUGGAAGCUCCUCCAGCGACAGCUGCCCAACGUGCAAAGGCACCGGACGAAUUCCCAGAGGCCAGCAAGAUCAGCUCCUGGCUGUAAUACCAUGCAAUGAUGUGCGGCUGCAACCCAGGCGCACGAAGCUGUACGUGUGCAUCUCCAUGGGUUUGAGUAUUUUGCUUUGCUGCCUGAUCCUCUUUUUCUUCUUCCCGCGGAGCGUCACGCUCACGCCUGUGUCCGUGCUGUCAGUCAUGGUCUACUUCACCCCGGACUCUGUCGAAAUGGAGGUCACAAAUCUCUUCAAUAUGACCAACGAGAACUUUGUCCCGGUUCAGAUCGCUGAGUUCUCCAUGCAGGGUGUGGUUAAUGAAAUUGUGGUGGGUCAUACCAAAAUAACCAACAUGACGGCAAUACAGUCUCGAUCGAGAAAAUCGUACAUUGUUCAAAUCACCCUGCCGCUUGAAGACAAGGGCUUCAACAAUUACUGCAAGUCAACUACUAUCAAGAUCCACACGUUGUUCCUGAAGUUGCAAAUAACCAUGAACAUUGCCUAUCUGUCUCACACGGAGCAGCUUUCACAGGAUGUUUUCGAGUACAUUGACUGCGGGAAUAAUUCAACCACCCCACAUCCUGUGAGAUCAUGAAAUCCUCAUUAUAAACACAGAACCUGUACUUUUAUCCUUGUAAUGUGUGAUUUAUUACUGUUAAAAUGAUAUCAUUAUAUUAUUUUAGCUGUCCAAAAGCGUUUAAUCAGUUACUACCAUCUUAGAAAUUAAGCACAUGAACGCUUUAAAUAUAAUAAUUGUACAUUUUCUGGGGUUUUUUUUAAUUAUUGGUUUUGUUUUGCAGAGUUGACCUCUGUUAAUCCUGAUUUUAUUUGCACUCUAUUAAACUGUGACGUUUUGCCAAGA